CUUCUUCCAUUAAUUCUCAUGGCUAAGUCUUAUCUUAAACAUGCUUAUUUUAUUCUAUUGUUCAUUGUAACCCGUACCAUUUGGAUCAUGGACAAGGUUAAGCCAUGGAGGACUAAUCACUCUACUUCACUUCCAUAUGAGUUAUUUACACUAGAUAUCUCUACGAGGCUUCGGUCCGAUCCGAAUUCGAUAAAAUUGUCGUCCUCCGACUUUGGCAAUAUGGUGAAAAAUAUUCCAUGUGCAGUUCUUUUCCCUACCCAUGUUACGGAUAUAAUUGAUCUUGUGAAAUUCUCGUACAAUUCUUCGAGGCCUUUUACGAUAGCGGCGAGAGGGAAUGGUCAUUCGGUAAGAGGACAAGCGAUGGCGGAUGAGGGGGUGGUGGUGGAUAUGAGAUCAUUGGAGAGGUUUGGAGGUGGAAAUGGGAUUAGGGUUUCGUGGGAUUCGGGGUUAGGGUUUUAUGCGGAUGUUGGAGGUGAGGAGCUUUGGAUCGAUGUUUUGAAGGCGACGGUUGAGCAUGGUCUUGCUCCGGUUUCGUGGACGGAUUAUUUGUACUUGAGUGUGGGUGGUACGCUGUCGAAUGGUGGAGUUAGCGGGCAGACGUUUCUUCAUGGGCCUCAGAUUAGCAAUGUCCAUGAGUUGGAUGUUGUUACAGGAAAAGGAGAAUUCUUGACAUGCUCCAGACACUUGAAUCCCGAACUAUUUUAUGCAGUUCUAGGAGGCCUUGGACAGUUCGGGAUCAUAACUCGUGCAAGAAUUGUACUAGAUAAAGCACCAAAGAGAGUGAAAUGGAUUCGGAUGCUUUACCAGGAUUUCUCUUCCUUUACAAGAGAUCAAGAACACUUAAUCUCGAAUAAUGUGCUUGAUUAUGUCGAAGGCUCCCUUAUUAUGCACCAAAGUUCUUCAAACAACUGGAGAUCUUCCUUUUUCUCAAACACUGAUCAGUCCGAAAUAGCCUCUCUGCUCUCUAAACAUGGAAUUCUCUACUGCUUAGAAGUCGUUAAAUAUUACGACGACGCAAACAUCAACACCGUCGAGCAGGAACUGCAACUAUUGCUCAAACAUCUGAAAUUCAAUCCUGGUUUUGUGUUCAAGAAAGAUGCCUCAUUCAUCGAUUUUCUUAAUCGAGUUCGGGCUGGAGAGCUGAAGCUUCAGUCUCUUGGACAAUGGGAUGUUCCUCAUCCAUGGCUAAAUCUCUUCAUCCCGAAGUCGCGAAUCAUGGACUUUCAUGCAGGCGUCUUCAUCAAUAUUAUUCAAGCACAAAACAAAUCCACAGGACCUAUUCUCGUGUACCCUACAAGCAGGAAAAAGUGGGAUGACAGGAUGUCUGCAGUUACACCAGAAGAAGACACAUUUUAUUGUGUGGGAUUGCUACAUUCUGGGGGAGUUGAUGAUUGGGAGGCCUUGGAUGCACAAAAUAAAGAAAUAUUAGAGUUCUGCGAGAAAUCUGAGAUUGUGCUCAAGCAAUAUCUUCCACAUUACAACACUAGAAAAGAGUGGAUGAACCAUUUUGGAGAAAAGUGGAGCAGUUUUCAGGAUCACAAGUAUAAGUAUGAUCCAAAGAUGAUUUUGGCUCCUGGGCAGAGGAUUUUUCAUUAGUUCUGUUGUUGGCAAACAAGAAUUGCAUUUUUUUGAUUAUUGAGUUAAUCUAGCUAGCUAGAGGGAUUAAAUAGAAUUAAUUUGUUUAAUUAAGAGCAGUAGCUGUCUGGGAUGGUAGUAUACUAUUCUUAGUGAUAAGAGUUAAGA